UGUGAAUCGCCACUGUGUGAACACACUGUGAACUCAUUGUGAUUUUGUCACAGUGUUGGUCCACAUUUAGAACACACUGUGAACACACCGUGACAGGUUCACACUGUGAACCGCCACUGUGUGAACACACUGUGGACUCUUUGUGAUUUUGUCACAGUGUUGGUCCACAUUGAGAACACACUGUGAACACACUGUGACAGGUUCACACUGUGAAUCGCCACUGUGUGAACACAAUGUGAACUCAUUGUGAUUUUGUCACAGUGUUUGUCCUCAUUUAGAACACACUGUGAACACACUGUGACAGGUUCACACUGUGAACCGCCACUGUGUGAAAACACUGUGAACUCAUUGUGAUUUUGUCAAGGUGUUGGUCCACAUUGAAAACACAUUGUGAACACACUGUGACAGGUUCACACCGUGAACCACCACUGUGUGAACACGCUGUGAACUCACCGUGAUAAUUUCACAGUGUUGGUCCACUGACUAGAACACUGUGAAAACACUGUGACAUUUUCACAUUGUAAACCGCCACUGUGUGAACACACUGUGGACUCGCCGUGACUUUAAAUUACAUUGAAACAAAAUUCUAUGUUCAGAAUUGCUGCUGUCGCACCAGAAUCUUUCGAUCUUUAUUGAAAAAUGUUUAUAUUAAAAAAAAAAACAUUCUUUGUUUUUAAUGCAUCUUGAAAUUGCGUAACCCUCACGGUUAAUUAAAUUUUUGUCAGUUGUGGAAUGUUGUAUCGAAAUAAUUCGAAGUGCAAACAUCGUGUCAGGAAAAAUAAUAACUUGUGGCCUUUUUACAGAAAAAUCUAUCAAAAGCCGCGAGUUUGUGUGCAUGCAUACCAAAACAGUGCCGCUAACCAAUCAUAUGACGCGUAAUUUGCAACAGCAUCCUAGGUUGUAACGCGCUGGCCAAUCAGAGUACGCUCUUUGAAUUUACAAUCGCGCGCCAGGCCUGGCGCCGGCGACCGUUGACCUUGCUUCGCCAACCGCCAUGACAGUACUGCUGCGUGUGUCAUGUGUGUUCCAGAAACGUGCAAUCGCCGUCGUUUUACUGAAAUAUCAGCAGGAGACUUGUUCAAGGCAGACUCGGGACACAGCCAAACCGUUUUGCACAGUGUUCUUAGCCUAACCGCCACCAUGAGCUUUGCCGAACAAAUCAAGGCGAUGAUGCCGGACUUGGUCAACGGCAAGACGCACCAACAAGUGGAGGAGAAGUUGGCGGCUUUUGACAGGAUGCAAGGCAGCCAUGUCGUGAAUGGGUUCAAAUUCCCGGCUGCCGUACAACCAUCCAAUCUGGAAGCCCUGAAGACUUUCGAAGUGCGCGAUGACGACGUUUACGUCUUCACCUACCCAAGAUCAGGCACUCACUGGGUAGGCGAAAUAAUGCAGUAUAUCCUCCACGAUGGGAAGGGCGAUUAUGACCGCACUUUCAUGAACAACGGGCUGGAAUUCACGAGUACAGAUGACCCGAUUCAAUUGGAUGGUGUGACCCCCGGGUACAAGUUGUACGCAGCCAUGGCAUCGCCACGGUGCAUCGUAAGCAACUGCUUGGAGAGCUUUCUUCCUCCCCAAAUCUUUACUAAGCAUGGAAAGGUAAUUUACGUGGCCCGAAAUCCGAAGGACGUGCUCGUUUCUUUAUACAACCUGAUGGGGGCAGAACAAUUGGAUUUUGAUGAGAUGUUCUUCGGAUUCGUCCAAGGGAAAGUGGUAUUGGGAUGUUGGUUUGAUCACGUGCUCAGCUAUUGGAACCAUCGGGACAAGGAGAAUUUUCUGUUUAUAAAGUACGAAGAUCUCCACAAGGACCUCAGGGGCUCCAUUUGCAAACUAGCAAAGCAUGUCGGGAAGGAUCUACCCGAUGACGUCAUCGAUGACAUCGUGGAACGCGUGACCUUUGGUGGGAUGCAGAAGACUUAUCAACAGAUUGAGGAGGAACACGGGGAGGAGGGAAAACUGAUGACGCGUUUCCUAGGAGUAACUCCGUGGCUUAGAAAAGGAAAAGUCGGCAACUGGAAGAACACUUUCACGGUGGCACAGAGCGCCCUCUUCGACAAGAUCUACGCCCUGAGGAUGAAAGGAACCGGCUUGGAUUUUGACUUUGAGCUUUGAGAGCCCCGAUGUGAGUCGGGCUGACUACAAAUUUUUAUCCUUGUGGAGACACACACACAAUA